AUGCGGCGGCUGAGAGGCAGUGCGCAUCUGACUCGCCACUGGACCCGGAGAGCGGAACCGCACUGUAGUGGCGUGAUCUGUGGCAGCAGAAGCAUAACUAGCACCCCAACCGCGUCAUCUUCGACAUCAAGCGGCACCGACGCCGGUGCAGCAGGCGCGGCGCGGCUAGCUCGUGCGGCAGAGAUCCGACGCAAAGAGCUGCUGUUUCGGUGGCUGCGCCGCCUUGUCGUGCCCGCUUUCUCCAUUUACGGUCUGUUCCUUCUCCGACCAACCGAGGGUCAUUUCUUGCGCUACGUUGCCGAGCGGCGGCACCUGGAUGCGUCUUUCAACGCGUGGUUCCCUCCUGUCACCGUGGGUAGCCCGACAGAGCCCGGCUCCAAGGUAGAGCCUGCUAAAAGAGCACCGACGGCGACGAACACGUCCUCACCGACAGGAGGGGCAGGCGCGAAUGGAGGAGCUUCAUCAAUGGCCCCAGGGGUCAUCCCAACAGUUUUUCGAAGCGAGCGCGAUCGCGAGUGGGCAGCGCAGCGUUUCAACUACAAGAAGGGUAGCGAUGAUGAAGAGCGUGUGGCCCGCAAGCGCCUCUUGUUCGCGCGCGACCGUGUCCACUUGCCGGACGACACCGUUGUCGAGACGAUCCGUAGUCCGACGGAGCAGCUGGAAGAGCUCCGCGCGCUGCGCGAGCACCCACCUAUGCACUUACUCAGCGAGCAGCUCAACAGCAUCGCUGAGGAGAGCCAUCGCUAUGCCGCCGCGCUCGCUGCUGCUGCUGCUGCACAGCCGGCUGACCCUAAGGACGUAGCGUCGCCAGCCUCACUGAGGAGCGACGCAGCUGCGACGUCGUCGUUGGACGGCGUUGCGUUACCCCCAUUGCCAGGAGCGGCCGCUGUCGUCUCUUCGCCGCCACAAGUGGAAAUCCAGUUCGAGGACCGCUCUCUCUUUGCCACCGCCGCCAUUCUUUUUCGCGACCGUGACGACCGCGUCGUGCGUGCCAUGCGGUUCAUCGGCGCGUGUGGCAUGGUAUGGAAAGAAGUUGCGUGA